UAAGGAUAUACUUUUUAUGGAUUUCUUCAUAUUUAAGUAAAAAUAAAGAUAAACAAUGAGAAAUAAAUUUCAUUCUAAAAAGUAAAAUUUAUUCAAUUUUUAGUUUAUUUUCUGUAGAUUAAGCAAAAACUAAAAUGGAAUAUCAUAAUGAUGAUUUUCCCCAUUUGAAAAAUUUUCGCUGAUUUCGAUCGACUUCUCUCUGGUUUCUCAACUACAGAAUUUAAAAGUAAAAACAGAACAAAAAUUUAUUUUGAGAACGAAUUUUCUUAAAUGAAUAUCUUUUGUAGAUAAUCACCAUGGUGAUGAAAAUCUUGAUUCUACUAUAGAAAAACAUGGUUUUAAUGGUGCGUUUCCAAGAACUUUUUCAAGUUCAUCAAUACUAACAACAAUGAAACGAGAAACAACACCAUUGGGAUGA